AUGAUUCGUCAUUUUGAGAGCACCCAGCAGCGAUGCAGCGCGGCAAGAAUUCAGCCUCUCCGAUCCCAGGAAGGUGGUGGGGCCCUCUCUCCGCCGGCCUGGGGCUCUCUGCCUGCUUCCCUCCGAGGACAGCAACAGCGGCGGUGAUCUUCAUCGGCAUCCUCGGCCACCUCAUCUUCACAUGAGGGGCUGACCAGCGGGCCUCUCCCACUUGCUCACAGACUGACAGUCCCGUUGCACUUCCCAGUCUAUCUCUCUCAAGGGUCUGUCCUUGUAUAAUGCAAAAUUAUAUCAAACUGCAACACUCCACCAUAUAAAUCCAGCAGAAAUUAUUAAAAUAUAAAAAAAGCAAAAAAAAAAAAAAAUCCUCUCAAAUUCAGAGCAUUACAUAUCUUAAAGGAGAAAUAGUAAUGAAAUUAUAAUUAUGCAUUAUACAUGACAAAGUUAGUUUGCUGGGAAUGUAAACUAUAAGUUAUACAAUAAGAUAGGAUAGUUUAAAUGUGGGUAUACUUCCAAAUUUAAAUAUGGUAUAUAUAUUUUUUGUGUCACACAAUAAUAUUUUGUGGCCGAAUAAUUUGAACUUAUUUUGUUGAUUUUAUUAAAAUUCCACAGUUCUCUAAAAGAAAAAAAACUAAAAAAAAAAAAAAGAAGUGGGAUUCAUGUUGUCCUUGAAUUUAUUAUAAAUGUGUAAAUAAAAUUAAUAUUAAUAAUAAAGAUUAGAUUUUAAAUUUAAGAAUUUAUCAAAAUCAAAAUUUAUUCCCCAUUUUUUGAAAAUGUAUAAUAUAAUUUUAGGGUGUUUUAUACUAUUAAUUAGGUAACCCGAGUCACCCUCUCCCAAAGUAAAAAAAAAAAAAAUACACUAAGUUUAAAGUAAUUCAGCUAUUGAUGUUUUUCACAUACUUUUAUCUUUCGAAUCAAUUUAUAUUUUUGUGUCUUAAAUAUUCAUCUAGUUCACUUAUGUCGAUAUGUAACUGGUCACAAUGAUUCGACAAAUAAUAAAAUAUGAAAAAGGUGAGAAAAGUUUAAAUGUAUUAAAAAAAGUUUCUAAAAAGUGAUUUCCUUCAAACUAGUUUAAGCACAUUAAUAGAUUAACAAAAGUACCACCAUAGUGCAAGUUCAAUAAACUUAACAUACUCUCAGUGUUGUACGUAUUUUAACUAUCAGUAUGCACAAAAAUUAACAUAACAAACAGAAACAGAAAAAAAAAGUAAAAAAAAAAAAUGAAAUCAACUUCAGGUCAUAGGAAUUAAAUUCCUGGGAAUUUCAGGUGUUGUGAUAUUUUAAUAUGACAAGGAGUUUGAAAAUGGAGAAUUGAUAACUUCGUCAAAAGAAAAUAAAAAUAAUAAAGUUUUAAAAAAUAAACAUAAAGGCAUUUUAAGGUGAAAUUACGUGGAAGGACAUGACUCAGUGAUAUUUAAAAUAUUUUAGAAGGAAUGAUUGAACUGAAUAAUAAAAGAUGAAUUUAUUCCCUAGUUGUGAAAAUGUAAAUAGUUACUUGUUUUAUUCCUGUUUAAAUAUUAUGCACUUUUAGCAUUCCUAAGUUGCUACAGUUUACGAUUUAUUGUACAGUAUAUUAUUAUAUUAUAAUUUUUAUUGAUUUUUUUCUUUCUUUUUUUUUUGUUUAUUUUUAAGAAAUGUUAGAAAAAAAAAAGCAUAUCUCCUUAGAUCGGCCUUCAAGUUUUAUUUUGUCUUUUUCUUUAGAUGAAUGGCCUAUAUACAUUAUGCUAUUAAACGCCUGUUGUUAAAAUAUUGUUUGUUUGUGUUAUUUUUGUUUUGUUUUUUAUUUUGGAUAGUUGUUGAUAUUAUUUCUUUGAAUAAUUGUUAUAAUAUUAAAAAAAAAUCUAGAAUUUCAUUUUCUACUAUAUGUGAUUAUAUCUGCAAAUGUGUAUAUUGAGCUAAAUUUCAAUUUGCAUUAUACUUCUACAAAUGAAUGUAUAAUAAAAUAAAGAACAAAAAAAAAAUUAAAAACAAUAAAAUCAGAAAAAAAAAGUAUUAUUAAAUUUAUAUCGAUGAUUGAGCAGGAGAAAUAUUUAUGUUUUGUUAUUUAAGAUGAGAUGUGAGAAUUUGAUUUUUGAAGUGUAUAUUUAUGGACGAUAAAUGUUACUCACUGUUCUGUUGUCAUUCAUUGCUGUUUUCAAACAAUG